UUCCUGAGGCCGUGCGGCCCGCCCGGCGUUUCCUGUGGGCGUUUCCUCCUCUUCACUCCAGGACACCUCGCCGGAGGGUGAGGAGUUGGCGGGCGCCUCGGGUGGAAAGCCAUUAAGGCCCAGCUGUUUGCGUUGACCGAAGAUGGAAGUGUGUCAGGAGCCUCACAAACCAUCGCUGAGCCUGGACUGUGACCACUGUGGUUUCAGAGGCACCGAUUAUGAGAACGUGCAGAUCCACAUGGGCUCCAUCCAUCCGGAGUUUUGUGAUGAUAUGGAUGCUGGAGGACUCGGCAAGAUGAUAUUUUACCAGAAGAGUGCGAAGCUCUUCCACUGCCAUCAGUGCUUCUUUACCAGCAAGAUGUACUCCAAUGUGUACUAUCACAUCACAGCCAAACACGCAGCCUCAGAGAAGUGGAGGGACAAACCAAAGGACCAGCUGAGCAAAGAGACCGAGACUGUGGAAAGCCCUUCCCUUCCCGAACACCAGAGCACAGCCUUGGACCCAGCAGAAGUGAGGCCCACUCCAGCUCUCCCCAUGGAAACACAGAAAAUUGGUCCGAGUUUGUCUCCAGAGCCACAAAAGUCUGUUCCUCCUGCUCUGGAGCCUGAGGACUCUGGCCCUGUUGUUUCUCCUGAGCAAUGGGCCCCUUGUCUUCCUGCUGAGGCCUCAAAAACUGCUUCUGUUUCUUCCCCUGAAUGUGUCGACCCAGCCAGCAUGGUGUCUGAGCUGCAGAAGCCUGCCCCUGCUUCCCCUGAGUCUGUCAAGUUUGCUCUUGUUAGCUCCAAAUCCCAGAAGCACUCUCCUUUUGCCGAUACAGGGGCUCCCCCUUCCACCUUGUCUCCAGAGUCACCAGUUCUGGCCACAUCGCCUGAGCCUUGGGGGCCUUCCCUAACUGCAUCUCCAGAGUCUCGGGAGCCUACACGGACUGCCUUCCCUGAGCCAAGGAAGCCAUCCCCAUCAGAGUCUCCUGAACUUUGGAAGCCAUUCCCUGCCGUCACUUCAGAGCCUCGGAGACCAACCCCAGCAGUAUCACCAGGUUCCUGGAAGCCAGGGCCACCUGGUUCUCCUCGGCCUUGGAAAUCCAGUCCUUCAGCAACCUCAGGACCUUGGAAGUCAUCUAAACCUGCUCCAUCUUUGUCUCCUGGACCUUGGAAGCCAAUACCUUCUGUAUCUCCUGGGCCGUGGAAGCCAGCUCCAUCUGUGUCCACUGCAUCCUGGAAGUCUUCAGUCUCAUCUGGUUCUUGGAAAACGCCCCCCACAUCUCCAGAGUCAUGGAAGUCUGGACCCCCUGAGCUCAGAAAGACAGCUCUUGCUUUGUCACCCGAACACUGGAAGGCAGUGCCCCCUGUGUCUCCUGAGCUUCGCAGACCGGGCCCACCCCUCUCUCCUGAGAUCCGAAGUCUAGCAGGAUCUUCGGAGCUCAGGAAGCCUUCAGGGUCUCCAGACCUUUGGAAACUUUCUCCUGACCAGCGGAAAAGUUCUUCUGCUUCACUGGAUUUCCCCGAGUCCCAGAAAAGUUCUUGUGGGUCUCCUGACGUCUGGAAGUCCUCCUUCAUUACAGAAUCUCAGAAGCCUAGCGUCUUCCCUGAGACACGGAAACAUCCUUCUGGCUCAUCUGAGCCCCCAAAGGUGGCCUCAGACAUAUGGAAGCCUGUCCUCUCUCUAGAUGCUGAGGCUAGGAAGUCCACACUGUUUCCUGAGCCCACCAAAGCAGUCCUUCCUGCUUCUCCAGAGCCACGGAAACGUGCACUUUUCCCAGAGCCCUGGAAGCAUGUACUUUUCCCUGAGCUCCCCAAAUCUGCUGUGAUCUCCAACGCUCAGAAGGCCACUGAGCUUGGUGAUGAGCUUCAGCUGGAAGCUGUAGAUGAUGCUGCAAAAUGUGAUAGUCUGGUCCAGGAAGGGCUUCUGGCUGCACCUAAGAAACUGCUAGAGGAUGCUCUAUUUCCUCCUUCAAAGAAGCUCAAGAAAGACAGUCAAGAGAACUCGUAUGCUGAGCUCAGUAGUAGUGAGUACCUGAGAACAGAUUUAGAUGCCAUAGACAUCAAGGGCCAGGAUUCCAGCAGCGACCAAGAGCAGGUGGAUGUCGAGUCUAUUGACUUUGGCAAAGAGAACAAAAUGGAGAUGAGUAGUCCAGAACAGUCCAAAAACGUACUUCAGUUCACCGAAGAGAAAGAGGCCUUCAUUUCUGAGGAGGAGAUUGCAAAGUACAUGAAGCGUGGAAAAGGGAAAUACUACUGCAAAAUUUGCUGCUGCCGUGCCAUGAAGAAAGGCGCUGUUUUGCAUCACCUGGUUAAUAAACACAAUGUGCAUAGUCCGUACAAGUGCACAAUUUGUGGGAAAGCGUUUCUCUUGGAGUCUCUCCUUAAAAAUCACGUCGCAGCCCAUGGGCAAAGUUUACUUAAAUGUCCACGCUGUAAUUUUGAAUCAAAUUUCCCAAGAGGCUUUAAGAAACAUUUAACUCAUUGUCAAAGCCAGUUUAAUGAGGAGGCAAAUAAGAAGCUGAUGGAAGCUCUUGAGUCGCCAUUGGAAGAACCACAGAUGUGAUUUUC